CAGGGCACACUCGCCCGCUACAGCGAGGGAGAGUGUCGGACUUCCUGGUUGGCUCUGCGCUGUGUUGUCCUGUUCCCCGCAAAGCUUUCUGGAUCUAAGAGGCGGAAGCACCGGAAUAGUUGGGUAUCGGCCUGUUUUAAAAAGGGCUCGGUCCGUCUCUGUUGUGUUUAGCACACUUAGCAUAAUUUCGGCGAAUUAACAAGUCGUCGAAACCGAGGCGGCAUUGAAAGCUGGAGCCGAGCCGCGCAGCUGUGGAGAGCUGCUGCCCGGGGAUCAGUGAGGUUAGCUGGGAUAGAGCUAACUGACAGAGCGGCGGAGGAGACGGUCUGGAGCGUUUUAAUUCACUACGACCCGAAACUACACCAGGACUUCAAGAAACUUUUGAGACGCCAGGAGAGGGCGAGUAUGCGGCCUGAGUCACGGGCGUUGUAGGAUGAAGAGCCCGGCGCACCGCACCAGGGACAUCGAGCGGCAAGCCGGCUACCUGAAGCCAGAGCACUGCGCCCCUCCUCCACCCCGCACGGGCUCCGGCACCAUGUGGUUUAUCCGCGACGGCUGUGGCAUCGUGUGUGGCGUGAUCACCUGGCUCCUGGUCUUCUACGCCGAGUUUGUGGUGGUGUUCGUCAUGCUGCUGCCCGCCAAAAACCUCUUGUACAGCCUCUUCAACGGGGUGCUGUUCAACGGCCUCGCUUUCCUCGCCCUGGCCUCUCACGCCAAGGCCAUGUGCACAGACCCAGGAGCUGUGCCCAAAGGGAAUGCUACCAAAGAAUUCAUUGAAAGCCUGCAGCUCAAACCCGGACAGGUGGUGUACAAAUGUCCAAAGUGCUGCAGCAUCAAGCCUGACAGAGCUCACCACUGCAGUGUGUGUAAACGCUGCAUCAAGAAGAUGGACCACCACUGUCCCUGGGUGAACAACUGUGUGGGAGAGAGCAACCAGAAAUACUUUGUGCUUUUCACGAUGUAUAUUGCUCUUAUAUCCCUUCAUUCACUCCUCAUGGUGGCUUUCCAUUUUGUUUUCUGCUUCGAGGAAGACUGGACAAAGUGCAGUAACUUCUCCCCACCAGCCACCGUCAUCCUCCUCAUCCUGCUCUGCUUCGAGGGUCUCCUCUUUCUAAUCUUCACUGCAGUCAUGUUUGGGACCCAGGUCCACUCCAUCUGCUCCGACGAGACGGGUAUCGAACAACUAAAAAAGGAGGAGCGCCGUUGGGCCAAAAGAUCUAAAUGGAUGAAUAUGAAGGUGGUGUUCGGCCAUCCGUUCUCUAUAGCCUGGCUGAGCCCUUUUGCGACACCCGACCACGGCAAGGCGGACUUGUACCAGUACAUCGUGUGAAAGCUGGAAAGGGAGCUGAGCUCUGCUGCUGUGGACUUCAACUUGGUCUGCUGGACCUCAAUGAGCAUGAACUCCUUUUGAUCACUUCUACCUAUUCUUUCCUUUAUGAAUAAUUCAUGUAUUGAUACUUCAGGGUGUUUUUCUGUAAGCUAUCACAUUGUACAAAUAUGAUGUUUCAAAAAAAAGAAAAACUUCUCUCCUUCUUUCCAUUAUAUAUUUUUGUGACAUCUUGAGGCUGACUGAAAUGAAUGAGGUGUAGCUGUACAGAGAAAGUGCUACAAGGAGAAAAAACCUCAAACUAAGCAGCAGUAACUUGACGAGAAGCACUUGAUAAACGUCUGAGGAACAACACCAAGAGACUGGUUUCUUCUUUUUUUUUUGGAGGAAUAUUUCCUGCAGUUUUGUCUGAUCAUUUCCCGGCUUCCAAAACGAAACAAUGUGAACUCAGAACUGAAGUCCUGAAUGUUUCCGCUCCAGCAGCGCCGCCCAGGUGCCAAGAUGGACUCUGGAGUAAUACGUCUUCCUGUUAACUUUAUCACAGGACAACCUGUCCAAUCCUUCAUUUGCUGUCUUUCUGUUGCUGCGUUAGUCUUUCGCUGAGCGCUGCGGAUGCUUUGCCUUAGAGAACAGUGCAUUAGUGAUUAUAAAAGACACUAGUAUUAUUUUGCCUUACUGUGGCUGUCAGGGUCAUACAGCAUCACUUUGGUUAAAUACCAUUUUUAAAUAAGUGUGUUGUUUGAUGCCACAACACUGUGAAGGACAUUCAGAGGUCGUAGGACACAGAGCAGUGGCUGGUUGAGGUUUCAGCGAUUUGACAAUUUUUGUUCCAUGUUUUUUAGGACCAGUAUCAGUCUGAUGAACAGCUGAUGGCACUAACUCUUCAGUCGGAUGCGGCUGUUGAAGAAAAUGUGCACAUAAACAGAUGAAUGGAAACUCAUGUAGUGUAGCCUAUAUCAAAAAGACGAAGAGGUUACAUCUGAAUCUAUUGGAAUUGGACGACCAUUGCUAAAAACACAAGUAAUAUCCUAAACGGGGGUUAAAUCCAUAAGAAUCUAAAGGGUUAAUGAGGUGCAUCGAUUGAGCGGCUGCUGACCGUUUUUUUUCCGCCUGUUCAGCCGCGAACAGCUGGUCCUCUUAAAUAAAUCGAUUCUGUGCCGAUCUCAGAUUUACACAUGAGCAGAGAGGGUUUUUCUUUUUUCUUUUUUAGAGCUCUCCUGUUUUAGAAAGCACAGCUGUUAGUACACGAUGUAAUUGACUAACAUUACCAAACGUUGAUGCGCCAUGUAGCUAAUUAACAUCAAGCCUCGUUCUCAUGUGACUCAGGUGCUGAAAAAGAGAUCACAUGUGGAAACAGAUGAAAUCUCUAAGGUUGUGGUUUUUUAGGUGAUUUAAUGAAACAAUCUGCUGAUGAAGUGAAACAAAGAGGAGGAGAGCAGUGUGUGUGGUCAGGAAGUCAUUUAACCCGGUGCAGUUUAGAAGCUUAUUAACAGUGUUUUGUUUUUUAAAUAUGAAAAUUUAAUAGAAUUUUCAGUAAGGAGAAGUUACAAAAAAUGUGUUAUUGGUGUUAAUUGUUCUCUAAAGAAAGAAAAUCAGAAUCGGCAGCUCUGAUUUUGAGGAAACCUAAAUCGGCCGCAUAAAUUGUAAUUGGUUCAUCUCUUGAUUUUAACGUAAUAUUCGGACACUUUGCAGGUAAUUUACGAAAAUCUAGCCAGCAUCCUCGCUUGGAACUCUUUCUAUCACAGUCACCAGCUGAUUUGAAGUCAGGGAAUAAAGCAAUAACGUUGCUCUCUGAAUGCACUGAACCUAAGUGUAAGUUUUCUUGUUGUAUUUGGCUGUGGAUAAUCCCGUUUUUUUAAUAGUCUGCUGUUGAGAGUGGGAAAAGCCUUACAGGGAUAAAGGAUCAAAUUCUGAUUGGAGUUGUGGAAGGAGUUGACCGGGGGCCUCAAAGAGCAUGGUUUAAAUGUUCAUAUUGUGGUCAUCUAUGGGCAGUACAAGGCAAUGCAGAGUGUUUGUUACUGAUAGGAAAUAUUUCACUUCAAAGCAUUUACCACUAAAAAUGCCUUUGCCCAAUCAGUGUUUGAAAGCCUUAUUUUAAUUAUUGUGCUUUUAAAGAUGAUGAAAGGAAAUUGAUAAACGUGUUGCCUAAUUGAACACUUAAUGAAGGCGGGAUUAGAGUAACUAUGGUCCAGACUGACUUUUUCUUUGGCUUUUAAAAAAAACACAAAAAAAAAAAGAAGUCAAAUCUUGAUCAUAAAAUGGAGAUACAACUGUUGCGUUCCGGUUUACACAUACAGCACAGCAGCUGUCUUUAUCUGUUGAAUUGUUUCCUUUAUUCUUUGUGGCCUGGUACAAUUUACUGUGGAUCACAUGAUGUGUAUUUUCUUUAUCACUGUGGUAUUUGUUUAAAGGGGAAUGAAAUAAAACAUUAUAUAUAUGUGUGU